UUAUUUUGAAGGAAGUGUUUUGCAACCGGAACCGAUGUCAUAGGUUCCGUCGUGGUCUUUACACAUGUAUGAGCUGCUAGCGUAGUGUUGACGGUAGAACAGUCUAUGGUAUUGACCAAUUUGUUCGUUAUUCAUUUUUUCUUCUAUUGGCCAGGAUGCAGAUAUGCAGUGUGUGCAGCGAACAAACACCCAAAUACAGAUGCCCAGCCUGCAAAAUAAGAUAUUGUUCACUUGGCUGUUACAAGAGGCAUAAAGACACUUGCCUUCCUGUUGAGCAGCCUGAACCCACUGAGCCUAAAGUGAAGGAUUCUUUCAACACCGAGACGUGGACUGUUGAGGAUCUUCUGCAGGAAGAGGAGGACAUUGUUGACAAAGUGCCCCUGCAGAGGCUCCAGCUGUUAGGUCAGUCCAAAGAGCUGAGAGACCUUCUGUGCAACCCCCACCUGAGACAGUUACUGCGCUCCAUUGACGGCGCAGACAGCAAAGCCGAUGCGAUGAAGGCCGCCAUGCAGGAGCCUCUGUUUGUAGAGUUUUCAGAUCAGUGUUUGAAAAUUGUUGAUAAUUAAACAAAAAUCGUUAACAGCCAGUAAAGCUGAUGAUUUGUAAAAUA